AUGCUUGGAAACCAGAGGGAGCCAGAUGACAACUCAUUCUUCGGAAAGCUCGAUGGGUUUGGGAACUCCUUCGGAAGAAGACAUGGCACAGGCUCUGGGAUGGGUGCCUUCAGUCAGCAGGGUGGGAUGGGUAACUUAUUUGGUGAGAGGAGUAGUCAUGGGAUCAUGGAUGGUUUCGACUCCUUGAACGAUGGCAUGAACGAGAAGCUGGACGACGCGGCCCGCACCUUUCACAUGACGGAUGAGGUUGAGGACGAUGACUAUGAUUUCAGGCCAGAUGUGAAUUACAGGCGAGGCUCGACUUACAAUGUCCUGGAUCUUGACCUGACAAGACCUGCAGCCCCAAGGAAUCCUCCUAGACCUCAGUUUGAAACUUCUACAAAGGAAGUUUUAAGGAAAGCUGAUUUUAGGAAUGUUAGAUUCCUCGCCAACUUUAUUACAGAGGCUGGCAUUAUCAUCAAGAGGAAUCAGAUCAUGCUUUCUCAGAUUGUUGUCAAUAAUGCUAUUCUCUUGUUCAGAGCUGAAUGCAUAUUCUCUUACGAAGGGGUGUCAGAGUUCAAGCAGCAACUGCCCUUCAAUGCAUUAUUUUUCAAAUGUUACUCUUACAGUCUUAUUACUAGCAGAAAUGGGACACUGACCAAGAUAAGUGCGAAAGCUCAGCGCAAGGUGGCGAGAGAGAUUAAAACAGCGCGUGUACUGGGGCUGAUGCCUUUCACGACGAUGGGCAAGAGGCCAUUCAUCUUUGGCAGAAGUGCGGAGGAGGAUGCUUCAGAAGAGGAAUAUGGGUAUGAAUUCGUCCAGAAGGAUGCUGGGCCUGAGGACACUGUUGGAGAUGCUGUGCCCGAUUUGGAGACUGCGUAA